AUGCUUAUAUUGUGUGUGGUCGCUCUUAACUUUCCCAUCGCAAAUGCGGCGGUAAAUGAGAAUCUAAAACAGCAGUACGCGAACUAUCGGGGCUGCAUACAAAGAAGAGAAGCCGCUCUACAAGACUCAAACUUUGUUCAAGUAAUUCUUGUCGGGAAAGGUGCAGAUGUGACUAUGUCAUGUUUUUCAUGCAUUUCUCCGGAAAAUGCCGUCGAAAUCGAAUCCACUUACAAACCGUCAGCUGGAACCAUUGGAAGAGCACUUAUCAAAGCUGUUGAUUUCUUCAAAGAACGCAUUUUUCGAGCUUCCAAUCGAGUUAGAGAUCCGAAUAUGUGGAAGUACGACUGGCAGCGAGCAAUCAUGGGGCAGGAUUGGAGACCUCUUACAAAGAUGCACGAGAAAGGGUUUAGAACGGAAAUGAUUGUUGAUAAAGUGAAAAGAUUUCUUGAUCGCGAUGCAAGCAGGAUACGCGUUGGAGACCGAUACGAACUUAGACUACGAGGUGCAGAUCGGAAUUCUACCGGAUACUACCGCUGCGUAAACAAACAUGGGAAGAAUCGUGUAGUGUCAGCAAUGUACUACUUGGAUGUAAUAAGCAGAGUAAAAAUUGAGUUGGUUAAAUCCAAGAUGAAUGAGAUACCACCAACAAUACCUUUGUGGAAUAAGAAGCUAGGAAAGAAUCUGGUUGCAAAAUCAGUGGCUUCAUCAUGGAGUGAAUGUAGCAAGUGUGGCGAAGAAAUUGGAGAACAAGCAAGGAGCAUCAAGUGCAUUAUCGAGCCGCUCGUGCCUCUGUCUCGCCUUCCCGCAAAAUUCUCCUGGAUACAGUUGUUUGGCAAUGUGCCGUGCUAUUCCACGCUCGUACCUUUGGAUCUACGCUAUCAUUUCGCUUCCAGUAUAGAAUACAUUCAGUAUAGGCCUUGUUGGCGUCGAUGCACUACUCAAACUGCCAAGGAUCGUAAUCUGACUUCUGUUGAUGAACUUGGUGAAAGGCGCGUACUUGACUACAUUCCCAAAGGAGAAUUUCUUUUUGGAGAAAUCUUACCUAGACUGAUGGCGCCAGUAGUACGGAGAGGAUAUUUGGUCACUGAAGGAGAUCCAUUGGUUCUGACUUGCGAAAUGCCAAUGGAUGAGCCCACAGGUAUUCAGUGGUUUUCGAAAAAGAAGGGAGCAAUUCAGUUCAAAAACAUAACGAAGCAAUUCAAGGGACGGUUUGCCUUCGAUGAAACAGCACGCCUUUAUAUAAAUAAGCUGGAACUUGAUGAUACUGAUGAAUACUUUUGCUACACUGCGGAGAAGAUCCUAAUGGGAGCCCACGUUGUUAGAGUUUUGGAGAAUGAUCGUACCAAAGAAAUUGUCGCAAAUCUAGAGAUGUUCUUUCGUUUUGCAGCUUUUACCUUUAUUUUUGUACUAAUCGUUGGUCAAGUUAUGAAGUAA